UAGACAAAUUUGUGUACAACAUACGCCCCACAAAGCUCACGUUCCAAUUGAAGUGGACAAUCACCACCACCUUCAUUCCCUUCUCUUCCCUUCCCCUUCUAAUUUUCUCUGCUCCUUUCCUUUUCAAUAUCCUUCACACAAAGCCACAAACAGUCUCUUCCCAUUUUCUUCAUCCAUGUUCUCUUUCUCUCUCCCAAUCCCUCAAUCCCAACUAACACCAACGAUCAAGUCGUUUUUAAUUUCUUCCUCAUCACCACCUUCAUUGCCCCUCGGCAAUGGCAGCGCACGUACGUACGUUUGGUUUGACUCAUCAUGAAACCAGCGUCACCUGAGGUUGGAACAUUAAUUCGGACGUAACGUACGAGGAGUAAUCAUAAGACGUUGGCCGGCCGGUGUGGUUAGGGACAACAAGUGAUCAGAUCAAACAAAACGUAAAUUACAAAAUAAACAUGGAGGAUUUAUCGAACGGUACUGCCGACGACAUUGUCUGCUACGCACCAACUCUGAUCACCACAAAUGGCAUCUGGCAAGGAGACAACCCUCUGGACUAUUCCCUUCCUCUCUUCAUCUUACAGUUAACCUUAGUCGUCGUUGCUACUCGCAUCUUCGUCUUCAUCCUCAAGCCAUUUCGCCAGCCUCGCGUCGUUUCAGAAAUCUUGGGAGGAAUAAUGUUGGGUCCAUCGGUGUUUGGAAGAACAGAGAAGUUUGCGGCUGCAGUAUUUCCUUUAAGAAGCGUGAUGGUGAUUGAAACAAUGGCUAACGUUGGUCUACUUUACUUUCUGUUCUUGGUGGGUUUAGAGAUGGAUAUUAUGGUCAUCAAACGCGUGGGUAAAAAAGCUGUAGCCACAGCGAUUGCUGGUAUGAUCUUGCCUUUCGCCAUUGGUGCUGCAUUCUCCUUCCUUCUUCACAAAGAAAACAAAACAAGCAUAGGCCAUGGGACCUACAUUCUCUUCCUCGGUGUAGCUCUCUCUGUUACUGCAUUUCCUGUUCUUGCUCGUAUUCUCGCAGAGCUCAAGCUCAUCAACACAGAACUGGGCAAGAUCGCUCUUUCUUCUGCUUUAAUCAAUGACAUGUUCGCUUGGGUUCUCUUGGCUCUAGCCAUUGCGUUGGCUGAGAAUCAAUCUGCGUCGUUGGCUUCACUUUGGGUGGUCUUGUCGAGUGCAGUUUUUGUAGGGUUUUGUAUGUUUGCUGUGAGACCAGCAGUUUCAUGGAUAAUCUCGAGAACUCCAGAAGGAGAAGCGCUCAGUGAAUUCCACAUAUGUUUGAUUCUGUCUGGGGUUAUGAUUUCUGGUUUCAUCACUGAUGCGAUUGGGACCCACUCUGUGUUCGGAGCUUUUGUGUAUGGCUUGGCCAUCCCUAACGGGCCACUUGGCAUGACGCUGGUGGAGAAGCUUGAGGACUUUGUUUCAGGACUGUUGCUUCCUCUCUUUUUCGCCAUUAGUGGGCUUAAGACUAACAUCGGAGCCAUCAAAGGAGCUGCCACGUGGGCUAUUCUCUUCCUCGUCAUCUUACUUUCAUGUAUCGGAAAAAUCAUCGGAACCUUGGCCGUCGCCAUCUAUUAUCAGAUGAGCCUUCGUGAAGGUAUUUCCAUUGGCUUGCUCAUGAACACCAAAGGCCUCGUCGAAAUUGUUGUCCUUAACGUAGGAAGAGACCAGAAGGUGUUGGACGAUGAGUCAUUCGCGAUCAUGGUGUUAAUAACAUUAGUGAUGACAGGACUCAUUGUGCCGCUAGUGUCAUUGAUUUACAAACCGUCAAGGAGGAUUGUUUCGUACAAAAGAAGGACGAUCCAGACAACGAAACGAGAUUCAGAGUUGAGAAUUCUUGUAUGCGUUCAUACUCCGAGAAACGUUCCGACCAUAAUUAACCUUCUAGAAGCUUCAAACCCGACCAAGAAAUCACCCAUCUGCAUCUACGUCCUCCACUUGGUGGAGCUCACAGGUCGGACCUCCGCCAUGCUCAUCGUCCACAACACCAGAAAACCAGACUGCCCCGCCAUCAACAGGACCCAAGCUCAAUCCGACCACAUCAUUAACGCCUUCGAAAACUUCGAGCAACACGCAGGUGGUGUGUCUGUCCAGCCCUUAACAGCAAUCUCUCCCUACUCCACCAUGCACGAAGAUAUCUGCAACCUCGCAGAAGACAAGAGAGUCGCCUUCAUCAUCAUCCCUUUCCACAAGCAACAAACCGUUGACGGUGGAAUGGAAGCCACCAACAUGGCCUUCCGUACUAUCAACCAGAACUUGCUCGGCAACUCGCCUUGCUCCGUUGGAAUUCUCGUAGACAGAGGACUCACCGGCUCUAACAGAUUAGCCGCCAGCCAGAUCAGCCACCACGUUGUCGUUUUGUUCUUCGGCGGGCCCGACGACAGAGAAGCGUUGACGUACGCCGGGAGGAUGUUGGACCAACCGGGGGUACAUCUCGCCGUGAUGCGUUUUGUUCCCGGAGAAGAAGCAAUGGAGCAACAAUCUGGUCUGAACAAAGACAAAGAGAAGCGAUUAGACGAGAGCGUUCUGAAGGAGUUUCGAACGAGAAGCGAGCACGAUGAUUCAUUGGCGUAUAUUGAGAAAGUGGUGAAUAACGGAGAGGAGACUGUGGCGGCGAUAAGGUCGAUGGAUGAUAUACACAAUUUGUUUAUAGUGGGAAGAGGACAAGGGAUUAUAACGCCGUUGACGGCGGGGCUGACGGACUGGAGCGAGUGUCCUGAGUUAGGCGCCAUCGGGGAUUUGUUGGCGUCGUCGGAUUUUGCAGCUACAGCGUCGGUUUUGGUGGUGCAACAGUACAUCGGGUCGUUCGGAGAUAUCUUGACCACGCCGGAUCACACCCAUGAAGAGUAUCACCACCAUGAUCACCAUCAUCUGUCGCCGCUAAGUAGAGCUCAAACUAGUGCGUUCCGUACAGAAUCGAUAUCCUUGUGAUUGAGAGGAAUUUGGGUGCUUUCUUGAUUAGAUUUUUUGACGACGCCGGAAAAUACCGCAUGAAAUCAUCAAAGAAAGAUGCUUUUCUAAGCCAACUCAGUUCGUGACUGUGAACAAUUUCUUGAUACGCACGGAGACGAAUUCCUGUAAAUAUAUAAACAGGGGAAGCCGGUGAAUGGAAUGGAUGAUGAAUGUCGAUGAUGAAGUACGUGGAAGCAGAUAGAAGUGGCUUGUAAGUGUAAAUUAGUGCUAUAUACUAGAUCCAAUAGAAAUUAUUAACCCUUCAAACUAAAGUUCUUCAUUUUUAAUUUUUUUUCCC